GGCAGGCGGGACGCGCUCCGCUCGCAUCGCGUCGCACCGCACCGCACCGCACCGGAUCGCCCGGCACCGCGCCGCUUUCGGCACCGCGCCGCUCGUCGACCGCUCCUCGGCUCCGCAGCGCUCCCGCUCCGCGCCCGCCGCUCUCGCUCCGCUCCGGCCCCGUCGCCCGGCACGGCCGAGGCAGCUCCCCCCGCCCCGCCGGCCCCGGCCCCCGCGGCGGGCGGCCCCGCGGGCGGCAGGAUGGCCGCCAAGCCCGCCGAGCUGCUGGGCGUCUGCUCCAGCUACCAGGCGGUGAUGCCGCACUUCGUCUGCGUGGCCGAGGAGUUCCCUCCGCCCGCCCGGCCGGCCCGGCCCGCUCGCGGCAAGGCACGGCGGCCGCGACAGUCGCGCUUCAAGACGCAGCCGGUGACUUUCGACGAGAUCCAGGAGGUGGAGGAGGAGGGGGUGUCCCCCAUGGAGGAGGAGAAGGCCAAGAAGUCCUUCCUGCAGUCGCUGGAGUGCCUGCGGCGCAGCACCCAGAACCUCAGCCUGCAGCGGGACCGCCUGGGCAGCUGCCGCCUGCGCAACAGCCUCGACUCCAGCGACUCGGACUCGGCCCUCUGACGGGCGGCUCGGCUCGGCUCGGCUCUGCCUGGCCCGGCUCGGCGGGACCCGGCCCGGCCCGCGGACUGCGCCCGGCGGCGGCGGGGACCCUGCGGUGGGAGGCUCCGCUGCGUGCCGGGUCGCGGUGUUUUCUGAGAAAGCGCUUGUCCCUUCGUUUCUAUUUGAUUGUAUGAAACUCUCCGUCUGAAAGACACAAAAAAAAAAAAAAAAAAAAAAAAAAAAAUCUUUUCUAUCCGUUAGAAGAAAUGAGCUGUUUUAGAUGCAUUGAGCUGCCGGACUUUCUAUUUAUUUUUGCAUUUAAACUGUCGACUGCGUUAAUUUAAUAUGUUUCUACCUGAAUGUCUGUUAUUAUUUCCAUAAAAGAGUAAUAAAAUCCGAUAUAUUUGCAC